CCGAUCCUUUUGCCGUCCACCGCUGGAUAGACCCACCGAACCAUGACGAACCCAGCCACAGAUAGCGGUGCACCUAUCGCGCAACCUGCUCCCAAAAAGGAGGACGGUACUGUCGAAGAAAGCUCGCACGAGCAGGUCGUAACGCCUUGGGAAGUCCAAGGAGCCCAAGUCGACGGCAAGUUGGUUGCGAUCGACUACAAUAAGCUGAUUGAACAGUUUGGCACACGCCGGAUUGACGAGCCGCUGUUGGAGAGGCUGGAACGGUUGACGGGGCGUAAACCUCAUCCUUUCUUGAGGCGAGGACUGUUCUUUUCUCACAGAGAUCUGACGCAGUUACUUGACCGAUAUGAAAAAGGCAAGCCAUUUUAUCUUUACACUGGACGUGGGCCUAGUAGUGGUAGCAUGCACGUUGGACACAUGGUCCCCUUCAUUUUCUGCAAGUGGUUACAGGAUGUAUUCCAAUGUCCAUUGGUGAUCCAGCUUACCGAUGACGAAAAGUUUUUGUUCAAACAAGAAUUAAAGAUGGCCGACGCUUUGAAAUAUUCAUUGGAAAAUGCCAAGGAUAUCAUGGCUUUUGGUUUCGAUCCCGAGAAGACUCUAAUUUUUUCAAACUUGAACUACAUGAACGCCGGGUUUUAUCAGAAUGUUGUAAAGAUUGCAAAGUGCAUCACCACAUCCGUGUCAAAAGCAACCUUUGGAUUCAAUGACAGUGACAACGUCGGCAAAGUUCACUUUGUCUCCGUCCAAGCGGCUCCAUCUUUCUCCAACUCCUUCCCACAAAUCUUUGGUCCAAAGGGCGACAUCCCCUGUUUGAUUCCGUGUGCCAUCGAUCAGGACCCGUACUUUCGAUUAACCCGUGACGUCGCGAAUCGACUAAAAUAUCCCAAACCUGCCUUGAUCCAUGCCAUGUUCUUCCCCGCUCUUCAGGGACCGGGUAGCAAAAUGUCCGCCUCUAACCCGAACUCGGCCAUUUACCUCACCGAUACCCCUGCACAGAUCAAGAACAAAAUCAACAAGUAUGCGUUUUCUGGAGGUGCUGCGACCCUAGAGGAACAGAGAAAGUUUGGAGGGAACCCAGAUGUAGAUGUUAGCUUCCAAUACCUCCGAUUCUUCCUAGAGGAUGACGAGGAACUUGCAGAUAUAGAGGCCAAGUACAAGAGCGGAGAGAUGCUGACAGGCGAACUUAAGCAACGUUGUAUAGCGGUUGUCUCUGCCUUGGUCAAAGACAUGCAGGAUCGCCGGAAAACCCUCACGCAGGAGAUAGUGGACAAGUUUUUCAACGCGGGACCAAGAACCCCCUUUGCACCAGCAGCACCCGUCCAGGCCAGUACCUAGGGCAAUAUCGUUGUAGUUCGAUAUAUAUUGUACAUACACUGCUUCGUAGAAUGAAUAGAAGUGUUUGGAGUCUGCCAUCAACCAUG